GAUGAUGAACACUGCUAACCAGAAAAUUCUUUUGCAUUGAUCACUGCUACAGGCCACAGGCCACAGCAUAGGUAGAAGGCACAGAGUGACACGGAAAAGUUGGGGGUUGGCGAAAUAGAGCAUGCUCACGUUCCUCAACCUUCUAAUUUGUUGUAGCAGAUUACCCUUACACACUUGACUCAAACCAAAAUGCAAAUGAUUUGCGUUUGUGGUGAUAAGCUAUGCCGUUUUGACGCUCCUUCAUUCUUCGGCUCUCGUGUGUCGUUUCCUAGCACCCAUUUGUCGUUUGGUUUACCCAGAAGCCACAAGUCCCGCGUAGUAUCCAUGGGCACUAAGCGCAGCCCCAAGCGUCUCAAAUACACUUCUGCUUCUCGCUUCACCAAGGAGGGUGGUUUGGUGUACAUUGAAGCAAACCCAUCUGCUUCUGAUUCAUGGAAAUUGGAACCAGUUAUCCAUCUCUUGAAACAAGGUGCUGUUGGAGUUAUUCCCACUGAUACCCUGUAUGCAAUAGCAUGUGACCUCAGAAGCAACUCAGCCAUUGAACGUCUUCGUAGAAUCAAGAAUAUAGAAGCUUCAAAGCCUCUUAGUAUCUUGUGCCACUCAUUUCGGGACAUAGACAAGUACACAGCCGGAUUUCCACGUGGUGAUGGUCAAGGCCAUGCAAAUUUAUUCAAAGCUGUUAAGCAUUACUUACCUGGUCCUUACACAUUCAUCCUAAUUGCAAGCAAAGAAUUACCUAAGCAGUGCAUAAGGUUUGGGACUUCUGCUGCCAAAUAUGCAUCACGAAAAAAUGUGGGUGUCCGUAUGCCUGAUGAUGCCAUUUGUCAAGCAAUACUGAAAGAGAUGGAUGCACCAUUAAUAAGUACAAGCAUCAAGUUCCUGAAAGAAGAUGAGUGGAUGAUUGAUCCAGUUAUGAUAGCUGAUACGUAUGGACCUGAGGGUCUUGAUUUUGUUGUUGAUGGUGGUCUUAGAGUGGCCGAACCAUCCACAGUGGUUGACAUGACAAAAAUGCCUCCCAAAGUACUACGACAAGGAAAGGGUCCUGUUUUACCUUGGAUGGUAUUGGAAGAUGAUCACAAAACUGAUGUUGAAAAGGAUCUCAUCCCUGCUGGCAUUUGAAAGCAAUCAUCCAUUUCAUUGAAGAUAUAGCAUCCAGUUCUUGACUCUUUCGAAUUUUGGCCCAAUCCUCUCAACAAAUUUUGCUCGUGUUUUGGGGAGGAGAAGGCAUGAGCAUACAAUGUAUAUACUGUAUGUAAAUAAAUAUUAUCUUCGGUCUCAUUUUAGCUGAAAUGGAGUAGGCGAUAGUACUUUAACAAUGAGUUACGAAAGACUGAAAUAGUGUAAUACGUUUUUGUCUGUCUUAACACUCAAACCAUGGAGUUUAACAUACCUAGUAUAUUCUUUAUACUAAUCUGCAUUAUAU